CUGUGUUCUGCGUUUGGGUCAGAGGACAUCGUAUGUCCUCCAGAUUUUAUCAUAUUGGAGGACUUUCCCAGUUAUCAUCCAGAACCACUUGGCUAUGAAGCAAAGCAACAAAACUAUGUGAACAAGAGGCCAUACCAUUGACCGACUGUCACUUGGAGAAUUAUAUCAAAAGGCUCUUAUUGCCCUUGGAAAAUUUUGCAAUCAGAAGCAGUUUCUCGACAAAUGGGAUAAGCUCUCCUCUAGGUUAAAGGAUUCUUGUGACAAAUCCUAUUUGAAGAUCAAAUGCAAAGAUCAAAGAGGGUAAAUAAGCGGAAAACCUGAAAAACCCUGAUUCCUUCGUAGUUUCCUCUUCUCCUCGCUCUCUUUCAGGGGAUAACCACAGUGGGGGAUUGGUAAAACCUCGCCGGUGCAAAUCGUGACGUUUCGGAGUUCAAGCUUCAGUCGACGGACGUUUAAGCCUUAAAGGUGCUAUAGUUUGCCAAAGUCUGUUGCUUCUUCUGUAUGGAUGGGUUGGAAAGCUGCACAAAAGCUUAUACAGAACUGGAAGGUUCUCAGAGGAGACAAUGUGAUGAUAAUAAGGGGCAAAGAUAAAGGUGAGACUGGUGUGAUCAAGCGUGUCAUUCGCUCUCAGAAUCGUGUUAUUGUAGAGGCAAAAAAUCUGGUGAAGAAACAUAUCAAGCAAGGACAAGGUCAUGAGGGUGGAAUAUUUACGGUUGAAGCCCCUCUUCAUGCCUCAAAUGUUCAAGUUGUUGACCCAGUCACAGGGAAGCCUUGUAAGGUUGGAGUUAGAUACCUAGAAGAUGGUACAAAGGUAAGAGUUUCAAGAGGUCAAGGAGCAUCAGGGGCCAUUAUUCCCCGUCCAGAGAUCUUAAAAGUUAGGACCACUCUGAGACCUACUAUAGCUGGUCCCAAAGAUUCUCCGAUGGAGCUUGUUGUGGAGAAGACAUAUGAUGCUAAAACUGGAAAGGGGAUGCCUGACCUUUGAGAAGAAUAAAAAUUCGAUUUACCCUGUGUCAUAAUGUGUAGUAGGCAGGUAAUAGGUGUGUGGAUGUCAAAAUUUAUUGUAUAUAAGCUGUCCUACACUUUGGAUACUGUGGGAGUUCCUUCAAUUGUGCCAUUGCAUAUACUCUUCAUCUGUUAUGUGUGAACAUUCCACCUGAUGUGGCCUUUCACAUCUUCUUUUCUAAUAAUAUAUAUACAUGGGUUAAGAGAAUCUCA